GUGCUCUCGCGGCUUGAAAGCGGAGGACGGCGCUGUACUGCUCAGAGGGCGCAGAGGUACACGAGCAUCCCCGGUUACGGACUGAUCUGUGCGUGCCAAGACAUCGCCGUUCGUAGCAUGCGUCAGGACGGAUCUGUGCAGAUGGCUGCAACACAGAAGGAGAGCGGCGACCAGAACUUCGAUUACAUGUUCAAGCUCCUAAUCAUUGGGAACAGCAGCGUAGGGAAAACGUCGUUCCUCUUCCGCUACGCUGACGACUCCUUCACCUCCGCAUUUGUCAGCACAGUCGGCAUCGAUUUCAAAGUCAAAACCGUCUACAAGAAUGACAAGAGAAUCAAGCUUCAGGUCUGGGACACAGCGGGACAGGAGCGCUACAGGACCAUUACGACCGCCUACUACCGUGGAGCCAUGGGAUUCAUCCUCAUGUAUGACAUCACCAACGAGGAGUCAUUCGGCGCCGUGCAGGACUGGUCAACCCAGAUAAAGACAUACUCCUGGGACAAUGCACAAGUCAUCCUGGCCGGGAAUAAGUGUGACAUGGAAGAGGAAAGGAUUGUGUCUGCUGAAAGUGGCAGGCUGCUCGCCGAACAGUUGGGCUUUGAGUUCUUUGAGACCAGCGCCAAGGACAACGUCAAUGUGAAGCAAACCUUCGAGCGCCUGGUGGACAUCAUCUGCGACAAAAUGUCAGAGACUUUAGAGACUGACCCUGCCGUUACCACUGGAACCCAAGGCAACGCCAGACUAACAGAUAACCCUCCACCGCUGCAGCAGCCCAACUGCACAUGCUAAUGCCCCGGCUGCAUGCACGCACCGUCUGCGGAAUCCCAAACUCCUUUAGGUCGCGGUAUUUAACCUUUAACCUUGCAGACAUGCCAAAUCAAGCCAAAUCUCACUGGUCAUGAGUCAUGUGACCCUCAACCUCCCCCCACAGCCCACACAUCGUCAUCAUAGUGUUUCAGGUAUGACGUCGUCCUCCCAUGGUUCUUGUCUGAGCGCCCCUGCAGGAUAAGCAACCUGCUACUGUUGCGCAGUGGUGAGCUCUGUGUGUACUAAGUUUAAAACACAUGACAUUUAAGCAUUAAGUUUAUUUUGUAAUUUUUUUGCCUUAGAGGUUCUGACAUCUCUACACAUCUCAGUCUGAUGCACAGUGACCCGUGUUGGAUCACGUUACAGCUGUAACACCUUAUGUAGUAACAGAGUAAGAUAAUGCAUUACUUUAACAGUUAAGCUAAUAUUGCAGUUUCUGUGUCAAAUAAUGUGCAACUUUCAGAAGCUCUUAUUUAUUGUUCCGGAGGCUUCUAUGAGUUCGUGUAGACUAAAUAUUAGCUGUGUGUGUGCUGCUGUUUAUGCGUGUAGACGUCCGCGUGUGGCACCAGGCAGGCAGGACAUCUCCAAAAAACCGACACACUUAUCGAGAACCCAACAGGACGGCCUCCGAGACGCGCACGGAUAGAGCUGGGCUACGUAGCAUAAUCACGGCAGUAACACUGUUACGCAACCUCCCGUUUCAUCUGUGGCUGAUGACGCAACACUGUACUCCACACCGAGUGCAACGUGCGGCGGAAGUCAUAAGUACAUUACGGACGGAACCGUGCCCACGCGGGCGGCGUCCGGUCCGGUCUGUCGUUGCGUUUUCUCCUCGCUCGCUCCUGUGGGUCAGAGCCGACACGUGGCUGACUCGGCCCUCGGCCCUCGGCCCUCGGCCCUCGACCCGUUUGGGGUGUCGGGUUUUCUGCGUGCAGAAACGUAGGCCUCGUGCUGAGAAGACGGACGCCAUCGCUGUAGCCUUUGCGGGGUCCGAAAUGUGAAUGGCUGCGUUUUUGUUAACGUAUUUCUCGGUUAGUACCCGUUCGAGUGCUCGCGCUCGCGAAGACCCAUCGCGCUGCAAUUACACAAAACAGUCAGCCAAAUGAAAACACGUGCGCUACAUUUCCGAAAGGCGUGAAAAUUCGUAAAAAGGCAUGUGACUGGAUUUGCAGCGUUUCUUUGUACGUUUUUCGGAAUUUGCCCCGCGAUUGCGACGUGUAGCGCACGUGCUGUCGUUUUGAAUAAAGCGUUUAUUGAAUUUGCAUGGCGGUUCUGAAUCGUAGCGCACGCGUUGCCAGUGAUGAAUGUUUUGACUAGUUGCAGCGCGAUGGGUCUUCCCGCUACUCUCAUGUUGAAUCACCUUGCGUAUAUAAUUGUCUAUAUUCAGAGUAUUACGGACUCUGAAAUGCUCAGAAUUCAAUUAGAUACACAGGGAUAUAUACAGUAUAUUAACAAAUGUUUCUAUUGUCACUUUUUAAAGAAAUCCUCGUGACUUGUGUGGUUUAACUUACUCAUUCGUGUAUUUAUUUUUCUAAAGGUGGUUGCUAUCAGUCCUCCCUGCGUGCACUCAUCAUCGUGGCUGCUUUCUAUGUGCCGGCGCGAGCCCUUUUGUGGCGUCCGGCUGUCCGCCGCUCGUGUUCCGUACCGACGAGGCCGUUUCUCACAACCGUCUCAGUCAGCGCGCAGAUAAUGCCAUGUUUAUUCUUCCUUUUGUGCAUCCCGCGCAUCUGCGGGCAGAAUCUUCUGUGCCUGACGGCUCGGUGAUGGUUUGAAAUCUGAUUGGAUUGAAAAUUGUAAUGCAAUUCAUCCUUUUAUGGAAAUAAAUUGUCUUGAUAAAAUGUAGCCCUUUCAUUAGUGUAGUGCUGGAUGUGGUUGUGUUCACGUGUUGUGUCUUACAUGAAAAGAUCUUAAAUGGUAGGUAGACAGCAGAAGUAAAUGCAGUCAUGUUUACUGUGUCAGAAGGGAGUAGGUGUGUGGCAGUUUGUGCAACGCCAUAUUGUCUGCACAUCACUGAAGUGCAGUCAGCGUGCAGUAGACGGGCGGAAGGCAGAGUUCUGCCUUCACAGCAUUUAGCGUUACACUUGCAUGAAAUUGUGAGGCAUCUAUAUUUAUAGAACUAUUUAUAUAGUCAUUUUCUUUCUGCAACCUACAUUAUGUGGGGUGCAAUGGGCCAAUAAGUGCAAUAUUUUGAAACCCUGUCUCAUGUAUAUACUGUAGAUGUACAUUAAGGAUUUAUGACGUGUGUGUGUGUGUGAGAGAGAGGGAGAGAGAUACAAACAUGCUCUUACUGAAAGAGAAGGUGACAUGUGUUAGUAGUUCACAGCUGUGUGUGUAGUCAGUCAUGACCUGUAUCCUAUAAGUGCUGUUUUUGCACAUUCGAUUCCAUUGUUUAAAGAUCUCCUGUGUUGAUACCGAUGUGGUAAUCUCUGUGCUAAAAAUAUGACAAAGUACACACUGUGUGUGUGUGUGUGUGUGUGUGUGUGUGUGUGUGUGUGUGUUUAAAAAGAUUAAGACUAGCUUCUUGCCUAUACAUGAUUUUGCUUUAAGGGUUUAAGCUGCGUGUAUGUGUGUGAGAGAGAGUGAGAAUCCCAUAGAGAUUUGGAGCAUGUAUAGUGUUUUGGUGUUUCUGUACACAGUCUGCAUAUUUAGCUCCCUGACCUUUUGUACGUUAGUCAUAUGACCACUGCCCCAACAGUUGUGAUGCUCCCUUUUAGCUUUGUCGUUGUGGGAGUUAUGACUCAAACGCAAAGUGAAGACAAAUUGUAAGGAGGUUCUCUCUCUUUUUUUUUUUUUUUUUCCCUCCUACCAAAAAACCUCGCACAGGCAUACUCUGUAUUUUAAUGUUACAAUGCCUAGUCUUUAUCAUCACCAUGUUAAGAAUUACAAAAAAAAAUGUAAAUAAAAUAGCUAAUUACUUUUAAGACCUACCCAGAAAGAGUAGAGCAGUUUAUGUACAUUUGAUGUUUUCAAUUGCCACUUUUAUUCCAUGUACAAGUUGUAUGGUAUAUACUGACCCCAGCACUGAGCUACAGGAUUUAGCGAAGAAAACAAUUACACAGUGGUUUAUUAUAUUUUACUUUAUGUAGGAAUUUAUCUUAAACUGGUCAUUCUGUUUGUGUAAUGAAUGUAUGAAAAAGAUGUUAUUACCACUGAAAUUCUAAUAAACAGACCAACUGUAUUAAUAAA